CUGAAGCAGGACUAAACCAGGACUGAAGCAGGACUAAACCAGGGCUAAACCAGGGCUAAACCAGGGCUAAACCAGGACUAAACCAGGACUAAACCAGGACUGAAGCAGGACUAAACCAGGUCUAAACCAGGUCUAAACCCAGGCUAAACCAGGACUGAACCCAGGACUGAACCCAGAACUUAACCCAGGACUAAACCAGGGCUAAACCAGAACCAAACCAGGACUGAACCCAGGGCUAAACCAGGACUAAAUUGUACCUAAGAUAGUACUGAACAAAGACUAAGUCUGGACUAAUCACUGGUCAAGACUUUACUCUGUACCAACAUGAUGUCUGCACUGGUCCAGUCUUGGUCUAGGUCUAGAUCUGGACUUUUGAGACCCCAGACUGCAGGACCGUCUUUAGUCCCUCGUCUCUGUGUAGUCCGGUCAUCUGUCGCCUCCAGCUCCGUGUCGACUCAAGUCCGAGACGAGGCCGGGACAAAGAGCGGAGUCCGGACCGUGAAAGACCUGCCCAAAGUCGGGUUCUUGAGGUUCUUCUACAGGCUGGUCGUCAAGGGCUACUACAUCCGAAUGCACGAGCUACAGCUGUAUGAGAAGAGUCUCUAUGGCAGCAUGUUCAGAGAUGGUUUGGGGACAGUGGCGUUGGGCAGCGCCGAGCUCCUCGAGGAGGUCCUGAGGAGAGACGAGAAGUUCCCGGUGCGAGGAGACAUGUCCCUGUGGAAGGAAUACCGGGACACGCAAGGAAUCGGAUACGGCCCCUUCACAGAGGAGGGCGAGCGUUGGUAUCGGCUGCGCUCGGUGCUGAACAAGAGGAUGCUGCUCCCAAAGGAGACUCAUCAGUUUGGACCUUUGAUCUGGGAGGUGGUCCAAGACUUCACAGACCGAGUCCAAGUCCUGAGGCAGUCCAGUCCCACCGGAGAUCUGGUGCACGACAUCGCCAACGAGCUGUACCGCUUCUCUCUGGAGGGUAUAGCCUCCCUCCUGUUCGAGACGAGGAUCGGCUGUCUGGAGGAGCCGAUUCCUGAGGGCACACAGGACUUUAUAAACUCCAUCAUCCAGAUGUUCUCCAACAGUCCCCACGUCAUCGCGCUGCCCAAGUGGAGUCGCCCUCUGCUGCCCUACUGGCGCCGCUACAACACCGGCUGGGAGGGCAUCUUCAAAUUUGCCAAGGUGUUGAUAGACCGUAAGAUGGCGGAGAUUGAGUGUCGGGUGCACCAGCAGGAGGCGCUGGAGGGCGAGUACCUGACGCACCUCCUGUCCAACACGAACAUGAGCCUGAAGGACGUGUACGGGAGCGUCGCCGAGCUGCUGCUGGCCGGAGUCGACACGACGUCGAACACACUGACCUGGGCCCUGCACCUGCUCUCCCUGAACCCUGAGGUUCAGAGCAGACUCUACAGAGAGGUGUCCCGGAGCGGCCCAGAACCCUCUGCUGAGGAGGUAACCCGGAUGCCCUACCUGAAGGCCACCAUUAAAGAAACCCUACGGAUGUAUCCAGUUGUUCCCUUGAACGCAAGAAUCUUCUCAGAGAAAGACGUCGUAAUCGGUGGAUACUAUUUUCCAAAGAAGACGCCGUUCUGCUUCUAUCACUACGCCAUCUCACAUGACGAGCGCACGUUCUCGGCUCCGUUCGAGUUCCGGCCGGAGCGCUGGAUCAGGGACGGACACUCGCUGCCUCAUCCGUUUGGGUCCAUCCCAUUCGGGUUCGGGGUCAGAGGUUGUGUGGGUCGCCGCUUCGCAGAGCUGGAGAUGAACAUGCUUCUCUUCCAGUUGGUGCGUUUGUUCGAGAUCCAGCCGGACCCUUCGGUGGGAGAAGUGAAGAGUCUGAACAGAACUGUGCUGGUUCCAGACAAAAAACUCAACCUGCACUUUAUACAGAGAGAGUGAGAGAAAGCGGGAGGGACUAGGAGGGAGAGAAAGGGAAGGGAGAGGUAGAGAGAUGUGGGCAGAGAGAGAUCAGAGAGAGUGAGAGAAGGGGAAGGGAGAGGAGUGGAGCGAGAUCACAAUCCCACAAAAUGUCAAAGGCCACAGUUGGUGAAGUUCCAUCAUUUCAUAACAAAAAGAUCUCAACAAAAUCUCCUGUUUUAUUGUGCAGAAAAACUGAUGCCCCUGUACAAACAUGGGGAUUCUUGUGUUGUGUGUAAUUUAAAAUAGGAACUUUA